GAGUGUAUGUGCACGCUUGGGAGGUGCGAAUGGAUGCGUUUAUAUAUAGGUAAGGAUGGUCAAUGUGGGGUGUCUUCGCGUUCGCAACCUUGGAUUUGGACACGUUAACAAAAUUACGUCAUAAAAUGUAAAUUUAAACAAAAAAAGUAAAAAAAAUUGGUGAUUUUGUUUUUGUGGUGGUGACAAGUUACCUGGAUACCGAAUGUCAACAAUGGCGAGAGUGCUUGCAUUGCUGGCCCUCUUGGCGCACCUAUUAGUAUUAACACGCCAAGAAGAGACUGUUGUCGUGGAAGAGGAAGUGAACGAACACGAUACUAAUCAAGGAAAUCCUAGUUAUUCCUUCAGCUACGGAGUCUCCGAUACGAGCACGGGUGACGUCAAAUCGGUAUGGGAGUCCAAAGAAGGUGACACUGUUAAAGGUCAUUACAGUGUUGUUGAACCGGAUGGUUCUGUGAGAUCCGUCGAGUACUCAGCCGGUCCUGAUACCGGAUUCACAGCCGUAGUAAAAAAUGAUGGGGAGUCGGUUGAGAAAAAGGGUCGUAGUUUGUUUGAAGAAAAAUCUCAAAGAGAUUUUGGGAAGUUUUACGACUUUUCUGAAGAUUCAGAAGAUGAAAGAGAUUCUUACCUACCAACUGAUAGGAAAAGAGCAAAACACCCAUUCGAAUCAUUGUUUAAAGAUUAUUCCCUAAAGAAACGGCCAAAGUAUCCAAAAGAUUUAGAAGCAAGUGACUUCACUCAUAGCAUUACAAUAAAACAUCCACUUGAUGAAGCGGGAAACGAGCCACAUAGUCACCAAGGCAUUAAUUAUGAUCCAAAUUGCAAAAAUAAACAUAAUAAAGAAACUAGUAAUUUGUAUGGUAAUUUAGUAGAGUUUGAUAUAAGCAAAAGGUAUCCAGUUAAUAAACUUUUCCAACCAACAUCGUACGAUGACGACUCGCAGAAUUCUCCAUCCAACUUUGAAGCAGAGAAACUUACCAGCCCAUUUGGAUUUAAUGGAUACAAGUUCCCUACGUUGUCAGAAGCAGACUUGAGGUUGUUAGCAAAUAAAUACAAGGGUCGUCCAAGUUAUGAAAAUGAGCACUAUCCUAUACCUGAAUUAUCGAUACCUGAAAAGUAUUAUCCGGAUGAUAUUCCUCCGCGACCGAAGAAGAAAAAUAGGCCACCGAAAAUCCCAGAGUAUGGCUAUCCUAGCGAUGACAUAAACGAUUACAUACUUGUACCGAAAAAGAAGUUUAAGAACCCCCCGAGGAUCCCUGAUGACUACAGACACGAAGAGGAUGAUUACGAGCGUCCGCAAUACUCUAACGACGAUGAUGAUGAUGACGACCGACACCGCCAGCCGAACAAGGGCGAGAAAAAAAUCGUCCGUAAAAUAAUUAAAAAGAGAAAGCCGGUCAUUAACUUACUAGAUAUUCUUGAUAUUUAAUUUUAUAUUAGUAAUUACAAACUAGGUAGUAAAAGUACUUGAGAUAAAUUCUAAGAUAACAGAUAUCAUACAGACUGAAAUGCAAUUAAAGUGACGAAGGAUUUUUUUAGUUCUCUGUUUGCUAGCUGUGACUUUAGAUUAGA